CCGGGAAAAAAAACGAUCUCCCUCCAAAUAAUAUUUCUCCACAGUUCUUUAUCGUCUUCUUCCCCAAAUCUUCACCACAUAAACCCUAACCGAUCAACUUCACCACAAAUCAUCAUAUCCUUCAAUUAAUCAUGGCUUCCAUUUCCACCUUACUUGAAUUAACUCCGCUUCAAUGGAAUCAACCACUUCCACUAUACAUGCAAAGACCCCGUAAUCGCAGUGUUCUUCUCUACUCCAAACCUCAACGUAAAUCAAACGCGAUUCGUCUCCAAAUCUCCGUCAAAUCGACGAGUUCGGAUUCCGAUUUGAGAUCCGAUUCGAAUCCGUUUGAACAAAUCGUGGUUCAUGUCAAGAAAGCGUUAGAUUCUUUGAAGAAACCUGCAAUAGCUGCGGUUUUGCUUGGUUUGCUUUUGUUCUAUGAUCCUAAUACGGCUUUAGCUGCUUCUGGUGGUAGAAUUGGUGGUAACUCGUUCUCCUCUAGGUCUCGAAGCUCUUCUUCUUCUUCGCAAUCGUAUUCUGUGCCGCGAACUUCGAAUCCGAGCUUUUCGUAUUCGGCUAGGACUGCUCCGUAUUAUGGACCGUCACCGUUCGGUGGAGGUUUUAUGGGUCCGGCGGUUGGUUUUGGGUUUGGUGGGUUUUCGAGUUUUUCUUUGAUUCUGGUUGGUUUCGCUGCGUUUGUUUUGGUUUCUGGGUUCCUCUCAGAUCAGUCACAGGACGGUAGCGUUUUAACUGAUACUCAGAAAACUAGCGUCAUUAAGCUACAGGUGGGAUUAUUGGGUUUGGGGAGGACUCUACAACAAGAUUUUAAUCGUCUUGCUGAAAGUGCAGAUACAUCCACACCAGAGGGUCUGAGCUAUGUUUUAACUGAGGCAACAUUGGCUUUGCUGAGGCAUCCUGAUUAUUGCAUAUCCUGUUAUUCAUCAGUGGAUGUGAAGCCGAGUAUAGAAAAGGGAGAGAAGCGAUUUAAUCAACUCUCCAUUGAAGAACGAGGAAAAUUUGAUGAGGAGACACUUGUUAAUGUGAAUAGCAUAAAGAGACAAAGCUCGAAGAUUAAGAAAGCUAGCGGGUUCAGCAAUGAAUAUAUUGUGGUAACCAUCUUGGUGGCUGCAGAAGGUAUACAUAAACUGCCACCGAUAAACGGAACAAUAGAUCUGAAGGAAGCCUUACAGAAACUCGGAUCGAUUCCGAGAAACAAAAUGAUGGCAGUAGAAGUACUGUGGACACCGCAGAACGAGGCAGACGCUUUAACAGAGAGGGAACUACUUGAAGAUUACCCACUUUUGAGGCCUUUGUAAAUUUUUUUCUUAUAAUUGUAUAAUACCAAAUAGAACCAAUCUCUUGUUAGAUGUUACUCUGUAAAGUGUAAACACACCAUACCUUUGUUUUGUAUACAUCAAACAUUCAAACCUCUAUGACCGGUUUAUGUAAACCGGAAAUGAAGGCAGUUAAGAAUCUUA